AUCGCUAGUAGCCAGCUGUUUGUUAAAUGUUCAUUUUUUUUUCAAGCGAAAUCAAGCAUUUUUUAAAGAAAUUAAACAGUUCUACAGUUAUUAAAUUGAACAUUUAAGAUGCCCAAGGUUCGACGCAGUCGCAAACCACCGCCGGACGGUUGGGAGCUGAUCGAACCAACUCUCGAAGAACUGGAGCAAAAAAUGCGCGAAGCCGAAACGGAACCGCACGAGGGCAAACGCAUCACGGAAUCCCUUUGGCCCAUCUUUAAGAUCCACCACCAGAAGACACGCUACAUCUACGAUCUAUUCUAUCGUCGGAAAGCCAUCAGCCGGGAAUUGUACGACUACUGUCUGAAGGAGAAGAUCGCCGAUGGCAAUCUGAUUGCCAAGUGGAAGAAGUCCGGAUACGAGAACCUCUGCUGUCUGCGUUGCAUUCAAACGAGGGACACCAAUUUCGGCACGAACUGCAUAUGCCGGGUGCCCAAAUGCAAACUGGAGGAGGGUCGCAUCGUCGAGUGUGUCCACUGCGGUUGUCGCGGCUGCUCCGGUUAGAUUCCAUGUGGACGCAUCAUUGGCAUCUUUAUUUGACACAAAUAAUUCUUAUAA